AUGCCAUCUUCUCGAAGCGUGUAUUUCCGACACCCUCCGGCGCCUUGCGUGGAAGAGGAGACCGCAUCUCUCGCUCGAGAAUUUCAUGGCAUGAUCAACCUUGGUCAGAAGCCAGGAAUCGAAGGCACCCGCGCCAGAGGGACUGUGGACCAAUAUCCCGUCAUCAUGAAUCUGGAUAGCCCGUCUGCAACCUCCCCACCCAGCGUCCACCAUAUGCCUGGCAUGGAAAACGCUUCUUCAGACGAAAGCAAUGGUCCAGCAACACCUCCACCUAGUGUUAAUAAGCCUGGCGUCUCCAAGUUUCAACCCAACGCCGACCCUCCUGCUUCUGCCCCUCCACCCUCGUCGACCUCGAGCCGGCCUCGAGGCCGGCCAUACCCACCAGCAUAUCCGCCUGCUAGACGCGAAGAGAGUUCUCGAAGCCGUUCUCGUCGACAGUCAUCUGUUCACGAAGACCAGUCGCAAGGUCGACCGCCGUCACCUGAAGCUUAUCACCACUCUCAUUCCAUUUCUUGUGGGCACGACUCUGUGGGUAUGGACCGUUCUCGCUCUGGCGAUCCUACAUAUACUCAGUCAUAUUCAUCACCACCAUCUAUUCCUCGGUCACAAAGCGCAAGAUAUAAUAUGACAAGCCGGCCGAUUUCUAACGGACUGCGGAAAGACUCCCACUCAGGAUAUCUGUCUGACUCGAAUGGAACGCGUCAAAGGUCAGCAUCUCACUACACCCCUUCCGAAUCAGCACCGGGCCAACCAGCCAGCGAGAAGUCGGACCCCUUGCCCGCGAAAAAGUCACUUGCGGACAGGAUUGAGGACAAGCUACUCGAACGCCGGGCGCGUCGCGAGUCUACAGACGUGUCUGAUACGGUUCCAGAUGUAGAAAAAACACGCACAAGAUCCAGACGUGCAAACUCCGUCAACCCAACAUUCUCGUCAUCGGCUCCGGCGCCAGAUUCGUAUCUAUCUGUUCAUGGCCCUCCUCGUGCACCGAGUCGUGAUCCUCCUGAAGCAUCUCAACCGAUGUCAAAGUCCCGCAGCUACUCGACGAGCAUUUCAUCUGCUGAUACCUAUAGCAACUCGAGCAGAUCCUCGAGGCCCCCGGUAUCCGUCAAAUUCCAGGAUGAUGAACUACAUAAGCAUGGCUCUUUCCAAGCCCUCCCCAGCCGACAGACUAGCACAACCAAGCGACCUUCAGACGCGCCAGGGCCUUAUUUAAUGCCCUGUCCCCGUUCAACUCCUGUGGAGGGAUACAACGACUGGUAUACUCUAGAGGGGCUUACACACCUAGACAUCUGUCCAGCCUGCAAGAAGCAAAUCGCAAGCUCCCGCUUCGGUGACCUCCUCAUGCCUAGCCCAUCCAAGCCCCCCAACGAAAGGAUCAGCUGCGACUUUGGCAAUCCCUGGACCCGACUGGCCUGGACGCAGAUGAUGAAGAAGAAACACGUCAGUCUCGAGAUGCUCUACCAGAUGACUCGUCCGCCCCCUGGCACCCUUCCCUGCCCUAGCAAAGCUGUCGUGGAACAGACCUGGUACCGCAUCGUCGACCCAGACACCGACACCUACGUCCCUCGUUUCCACGCUUGCGAGAGUUGUGCGCGGAGCGUCCGCGUCCUGAUGCCAGCCCACCGCGAAACCUUCGUUCCAUGUCCGGACAUCAAGAAGCGCAUAUGUGCUUUCGCCACGCAGUCACCACGAUUCAUCCAGUUCAUCGACCUCCUCGACGGCGCUGCCUCCCGCGCAGAUGUAGACCCCUCACGCCGCCUCGACCUACGUGAGUUCAUUUCGUACGCCCGGCGUAAGGCUGUCUUGCGGGACUGCCUCCGUGACCGAUGUAUCGCUGCCGCCUGGCACUACAUCCCGAACUUGCCGGAGCUGAGUGUUUGCGAGGACUGCUAUGAUGAAGUGAUCUGGCCGCUAGCGAAGGCAAACCACUCGAUUGCACGCUCAUUCUCGACCUCGAUGCGGCCACUGCCCGGUGACAAGCCGCACCGCUGCCGCGAGGUAAGUUGCCAGCUCUACUCGUCGCGCAUGCGAGCGCGAUUCCGGGAUGCGGUGGUGAAGGACGACUUCGCAGGGCUGCGGGAUACGGCGCUUCGGCGAUUUGAGGCUGAACAGCGGUUCCGGGAUCGGAGAGAGGAGCUGCUGGUUGCGGAGGAGAAGGGGUACAAUUGUGAUGUCGAGUUGAAGAAGGCAGUGGAGGAGUGGAAACGGUGGGAGUGA